CAAGGACAAAAUUUUGGUCCUAUGAGGAUUUUGCAGAAAGCGCUAAUAAUGAAAGAAGAAUAUGAACAAGCCACUGUGAGGAACAUGCAUGUUUCCUCAGUACAGGGAUCUAAUAAGCAAUCUACAGAAAAAUGGACCCCUCCACCAGAUUUGAUAGUUAAGAUCAACUAUGAUGCUGCAGUUUCUCUUUCUUCUAAUAGAGCAGGGAUGGCAGUUGUUUGUAGGGAUUCUAGAGGCUCUCUUCUUGAUGGCCUAGUUUUCAAGCAAGCUGUUGCAUCAGUUUUGAUGGCAGAAGCUUUAGCUCUUCGUGCUGCAAUAGAGGAAUGGAACCAUGAACAAAUGUGGAGAGCUUUCAGUGGAUAUGGCAGAGUCAUAGAUAUCUGCGUACCAAACAGGAAGGACAAAUAUGGAAGACGGUUUGGUUUCGUCAGGUUUCAAGAUGUGAAAAAUGUCAGUAUGAUGGAGAAGGAGUUAGAUCAGAUCAAAGUAGGAGGAGUUAAGAUCCAUGUCAACCAACCGAGGUUUGAUAGACAGACAAAAAUGCAGAAGGAAGGAGAUCGGAAAAGUGCAGUCGGGGCCGUUAGAUUUGAGGCAAAUAGGCAAGCAAGUUUAUCCUAUGCAGAAGCUCUCAGAGGAGUGAAGAUGAACAGGCUUGGGACUGCCCAGGAUAAUGCUACAGAGCAACUGAGGAUUCACACGGAAAUUGAUAGAAAUGCCACUCACAGGAUGAACGGAAAAAGGGAGUGGAUAGCCAAAAACAAAGAUGUUGAAUGGCGAGGAUGGGAAUUCAAAACCAAGGAACUAGAUUUUGAAUGGGUGAAAGGCAGCUUUGUUGGGACAGCCCGAGCAGUAGAGUUAAUCCCAACAAUUCAAGAGAAGUUCUACAUGGAGAGAUACUUCUCUGUUUCAUUAAAACCAAUGGGUGGGAAGCUAGUGAUUUCAAAGCAGCUUACUGUGAAAAUCGAUGGAGAAUUCUACAACAUCAAGUGUGUAGAAGAAGAGCAUUCCAACAACUUAUUCACUAUGAGAUCCGAUCAUGUGAUUAACAGUAUGUCUAGUAGUGAGCAGGAUAGUGAGUCAUGGUCACCAAGUUCAGUGGAAGCAAUAAGACCUACUCAAGGUGAAGAUGAAAGAUUUUCAAGCUUUUCUGAUAAUGAAGAUAAGGAAGACAAUGACGUGGCACCUUGGUUUGAGUGGGAAGAGGAGGGCAAAAAGGAGAAUCAAUGGGAAAGACUAGAGAUGGCGAUUGCUCCUUUUGAAAAAGUAACGAUGCAGACGGGAUUAACGAAGUCAAAGAAACUGAAGAAAAUGGCAGUAGGAUCAAAGAAACAGAUGUUGAAAAAAUGGGCAUCAAUUUGGAGAGGGACCAAAUCAGCAAUAAGGACGGUGGAACAAGAUGACAAUGGGCUAGAACCAAAUGGGCCAGGAAAGAAAUACAAUGAUCAUGCAAGAGAGGCCCAAAUCACAACACAAGCCCAAACACACUCCAAUGGAUCGGUAAAACACCCCAAUGGCAUGAGUAACAAAAAGCCUAUGAAGAUGAAGAUAAAAAACAAAGGACACAGUAUAGGAGAGUCUGAGAGUCGGAGAUCUUUUUUCCAAGAGAUGGAUAGCGACUCAGGGACGGUGCGAGACUGGAUGAAGGGGAAGGAAAAGCCACAAGUUCGUAAAAGAAUCAGGAGGUCCAAGUCAUGGGCAUCAGUUUAUAAGGCUACUAAGGUAAUCAAAACAGAAGCAAGGAAAGGAAGACAAGGUACAUCUAGGGAAAACCAGCUGAAAAACUUGUCUUUGCCGAAGUUCCUUCCAGAUAUGAAUCAUGCAGUGGCCGAUGAGUCGUUAACUGACAGCAACAUCAACAUCAACAAUUGCAACAAGACUAUCUUAAAAAGCAAGAAGGACUUUGGAGCAGGAGAAAUUUGGGAAUUUGCAAAGCUAAUUGGUAACGAGACACAGGGGAAUGAGGAAGCUAUCUUAUGGAGAUUGGAGAAAUUAGAGGAAAAGGAUAGACAAUCACAAAGGCCCAACAAACGGACAUGCAAUCUUGAAGGGGAAGAAAAGGAGAUAAAGAAAGCAGUGUGGGACUGUGAUAGCUCCAAGGCCCCUAGACCAGACAGUUUCAAUUUUGGCUUUCUGAAAGCAAUGUGGGAGAUGAUCAAGAAUGAUGUAAUAAAAUUUGUAGAAGACUUUCAAAAGAAUGGGAAGCUAGUUAGAGGCUCAAAUGCAUCUUUCAUUGUCCUGAUAUCGAAAAAGGAAAACCCACUAAUGGACAGUGUUGUUGUGGCCAAUGAAACCAUUGAUGAGAUAAGAAAGAAGAAGAAAAAGAGCCUCAUUUUCAAAAUUGACUUCGAGAAGGCUUAUGAUAAGGUUUCUUGGGAAUUUAUAGAAUACAUGAUGAGACGUAUGGGCUUUGACAGUGUAUGGAGGAAGUGGAUUAUGGAGUGUCUACGGUCGAGCUCAAUCUCCAUUUUAUUGAAUGGCAGUGCAACAAAAGAAUUUAAAGUGAGUAAGGGCUUGCAACAAGGGAACCCCCUCUCGCCUAUCUUGUUCCUUAUCAUCGCCAAGGGACUUUCGAGCCUAUUAAUGUCUGCUACAACAAAGGAAUGUUUCAAAAGAGUUACAGUGGGUGUGAAGGGGCUGAGAAUUUCCCAUCUCCAAUUUGCAGACAACACUAUCAUGUUUGGAGAAGCAUUGGAAAGAAAUGUCAAGGCAAUUAAAAGCAUCUUGAGGAUCUUCGAAAUGGUUUCCAAACUCAAGAUCAACUACAAUAAAAGCAAAUUGUAUGGAAUGAAUAUGGAAGAGGAAGUGCUACAACACUGGGUUGUGUUCUUAAAUUGCAAAACUGGUAAAUUGCCCAUGACUUACUUGGGAAUGCCAAUUGAAGCAAGAUUGAAGAGCAAAGACACAUGGGAAGGACUGGGAGGGUGUGAGGAAGUGCUACAACACUGGGCUGUCUUCUUAAAUUGCAAAACUGGUAAAUUGCCCAUGACUUACUUGGGAAUGCCAAUUGAAGCAAGAUUGAAGAGCAAAGAUACAUGGGAAGGACUGAUUCUCAAGGCACAGUGCAACAAAUGGAAACAUGGAUUGAUGAAACAUGGAGAUGGAAACUAAGAUGGAGAAGAAGGCUAUUAGCAUGGGAGCAAGAACAAGAAGCACAACUCCAAGAAAUAAUACACAAGGUGCAACUUCGAAGAGAUGUCAAAGACAGAUGGCGAUGGAGCUACGAGAAAGAUGGAAAUUACACAAUAAAAUAGCAUACAACUU